AUGAGCGGUCCCGGCGUUGGCUUUGAAUACCCCCCCAUCCAAGUGUCGUGGCUGAAGCGCGAUGCAUUGCUCUUCGCCAAUUCGAUAGGGUGCACUCCCGAUGAACUUCACUUCCUUUACGAGCUUGAUCCCAACUUUGCCGUCUUUCCUACCUAUCCAGUCAUAUUGCCUUUCAAGCAAAACCAUGCCGACGUCAUUGAUUUCUACGCCGCUCAGAAGGCCGUCAAGAUCCCUGGCGUACCGGAAUUCGAUGCACGACGAACUGUUGACGGCCAGCGACUGAUCCAACUCUUCAAGCCCCUCCCCACCACCUCCGAGGGCAAGAAAUUCGAGAUCCGCACCAAGGUCCUUGGUGUUUACGACAAGGGCCGCCCGGGAACUGUCGUCGAGACCCAGACUGACCUAGUCGAUGCCGGUACUGGCGAUAUUUACACCCGUGCUAUCGGCAGCGGCUUCUAUGUCGGGCAGGGUAAUUGGGGAGGACCCAAAGGCCCCCCGACUGAGAACUUCCCUCCUCCAAAGGGCAAAACCCCUGACGUUGAGUUUGAGAACCAGACGACAACGCAGACACCCAUCCUCUACCGCCUCAAUGGCGACUAUAAUCCCUUGCACAUCCACCCCGAGCCGGGCAAGAAGAUGGGCUUCGGUGGCGUCAUCAUCCACGGCCUAUAUUCAUGGAACUGGGCUGCUCACGGCCUGUUGCAAAAGCUUGGUGGCAGCAACCCUGCCAACAUGAAGGAGUUCCAAGCUCGUUUUGCGAGCCCAGUGAAGCCCGGGGACAAGUUGGUGGCCUCGGUGUGGAGGACCGGCGAGAUGAAAGGCGAGUGGGAAGAGAUUCGCUUCAUCGUCAAAGUCGCUGGUGGCAAGGUUGUGCUAAGCAACGGCCGCGCGCUGAUGAAGGUUGUAGGAGAAGCCAAGAGUAAACUUAAUGAUAUGGUAACCAUGUCUGCAAUUCCCCAUGUAGGAGAUCGUCUGUCGUUUGAUGGGGCAACGUGCACUGUCCGAUACUUGGGCGAAGUUGCCGGUACUUCAGGUUCUUGGCUUGGCGUGGAAUGGGAUGAUGCCGCCCGAGGCAAACACGACGGCUCUCAUAAAGGAGUGAGAUAUUUCAAAUGUCGCUCGCGCUCUGCAACCCCCGCGUCCUUUGUACGGCCGACAAGGCCUGCCGCAACACCGGUCAGCUUCAUCACUGCUUUGCAAGACAAAUACACCGCCGAGUUGGAGAACACGGUUGCCAUCCAAUUCUCGGGAAAGAUAGCGGAGGAAGUUGGCUUUGAGAAGACCCGCAGUAAACAGGCUCAGCUCUCAGAACUUCGGUACGCUGUUCUUGAUGGCACAUGCAUCGCUACUGCUUACAAGGAUGGCGACCCGUCUAUUUCUGAGACAUGUCCAAAGGUGAUUGAGCUGGACCUUAGUCGGAAUCUCUUCAAGAGGGCUGGAACCGUUGUGGAAAUUUGCGCCGAGUUGCCACGGCUUCGAGAGUUACGAUUAAAUGGAAACCGCUUCCAGGAUGUACUCAACGAUGAAGGGCUUCAUGGGGUACAGCAAAGUCUUCAGGGCGUUCAGGAGCUGGCACUUGAAGAAACUCUAAUGAGUUGGGAAGAACUUGGACAUAUUGCAACCAGAUUCGAGUCUCUGGCUUCACUCUCUGCGGGUACAAACCAGCUGUCUAGUUUGCCAGUGAUACCACUCUCGUCCCUCGAGUCAACGCUCACUUCUCUGAAUCUCGAAUUCAAUGAUUUCACCACCAUUGCCCAAUUGGGCAGCCUUACAGCGUUGACGGUUCUCCGCCAGCUACACCUCAAGGGAAACAACAUAUCAGCGAUUCAAUUAGCUGACUCGGAUAAGCCAUCGCCAACUUUCUCCAUCAACUUACAGUAUCUUGACGUCUCGUACAACCAAAUCUCAUCAUGGGCAUUCGUAGAUGAUCUACCAGCUUGUUUCCCAGGCUUAACAGCUCUACGCUUCGCCCACAAUCCUAUCUACGAUCACCCUGAUCCCGAGCUUUCCACAAACCCCAAGAACUUGACAGAGGAAGCGUACAUGUUUACUGUCGGGAGGCUUGCAAACCUGAAGACUUUGAACUUCGGCACUAUCUCUGCCACAGAUCGGCAGGACGCUGAAAUGUUCUAUCUAGCCCACAUCGGGAAGCAUCUCGCAACCGUGCCCGAGACGCAGACAGCCAAGAUUCUCCAGCACCACAAACGUUAUGCAGAGCUAUGUGAAUUAUACGGUGCACCGACAGUGAGCCGGAGGAAAGAGGUCAACCCAGCCUUUUUAGAGGCCAGGCUGGUGAGGGUCCAAUUCAUGUUUUACUCCAAGGAACAGGGUAUCAUCCAGAAAGCUACAAAGAUUCCCAAGAGCUUUGACAUAUACGCUGUGAAGGGUAUAGCAGGAAGGCUUUUCGGAGUGAAGCCGCUAUCUGUACGACUGAUAUGGGAAACUGGAGAGUGGGACCCCGUUGCAGGGUUUGAUGAUGAAGUGGAAGACAGUAGUGACGACGAAGAGGUGCAGGAGGAAAAGAUGACUUCGUCGGGUGAUAACGUACCCACAGGAGAGGAGCCAGGUAAAUGGGUUAAACGCGAGGUUGAGCUGCCAGACGGGUCCAGGCAGCUGGGUUUCUGUGUUGACGGUUUGGAGGCGAGAAUCAGGGUUGAGAUGCGGUGA